UUGUUCCUCCUGAGAACCAAUCUUCCACUACCAACGGUUGAGUGGUGGCCCCACGCGUAUAGGUUAAAGUACACGAGACCAGCAGGCGGAGAAACAAAAGCAGUCAAGAUGUACAAUACAACGCAAAUUCUCCGAAUCGCCGUUGUGACAGGUGGGUGUGCCGCUAGGCCGGGUUUAUAUGGUAUUCCGUGGGAAAUUGAUUAG